GUGUUGACAGAGGGGCGGAAGGAAGGAAGGAGUUGGUAUAGAGGAGAAGCGAUAGCUAGCGUCUCCGGAACCGAAUGGAGUAAACACAUAUAUCAUUUCUAUUCAGCUCAGUGUCUUAUUUAGAAGUUUUGUUUACAGCGUCCAAACAGUGACAUCAUGGCAGAUGACCAGUCCUCUCAAUCCUGGUCAAUCGACAAGGAUGACUACGAACUCAAUGAGGUGAUAGGGAGUGGAGCCACUGCAGUUGUCCAGGCAGCGUAUUGCAAGCCCAGAAAGGAGAAGGUGGCCAUCAAACGCAUCAACCUGGAAAAGUGUCAGACUAGCAUGGAUGAACUUCUGAAAGAGAUCCAGGCAAUGAGCCAGUGCCACCAUCCGAACAUUGUGUCUUACUAUACUUCCUUUGUGGUGAAGGAUGAAUUGUGGCUGGUGAUGAAGCUCCUCAGUGGUGGCUCUGUGUUGGACAUCAUCAAACACAAUAUCUCUUGUGGCGAGCACAAGAGCGGAGUGUUGGAUGAAGCCAGUAUCGCCUCCAUCCUGAAAGAAGUCUUGGAGGGGUUAGAGUACCUUCAUAAAAAUGGGCAGAUUCAUCGGGACCUAAAGGCUGGAAAUAUUCUUCUUGGUGAUGAUGGCUCAGUACAAAUUGCAGACUUUGGUGUGAGUGCUUUUCUAGCUGCAGGAGGAGACAUGACGAGGAACAAGGUUCGAAAGACAUUUGUGGGGACACCGUGUUGGAUGGCUCCAGAGGUCAUGGAGCAGGUUCGUGGCUAUGACUUCAAAGCAGACAUCUGGAGUUUUGGCAUAACUGCCAUCGAACUUGCCACGGGGGCCGCACCAUAUCACAAAUACCCACCUAUGAAGGUGUUGAUGUUGACUUUGCAAAAUGACCCACCCUGUCUGGAGACGGGCAUCACCGACAAAGAAAUGGUGAAGAAGUACGGAAAGUCCUUCAGGAAGAUGCUCUCCAUGUGUUUACAGAAAGAUCCAGAAAAGAGGCCAACUGCUGCAGAGCUGCUGAAGCACAAAUUCUUUACAAAAGCCAAGAACAGCGAGUACUUACAGGAGCGUCUUCUACAGAAGGGACCAACAAUAACAGAGCGAUCAAGAAAGGUGCGACGUGUGCCCGGCUCAAGUGGCCGCCUGCACAAGACGGAGGACGGCGGUUGGGAGUGGAGCGAUGAUGAGCUGGAUGAGGAGAGUGAGGAGGGCAAAGCUGCUGUGGCUGCUCUGAGGUCACCCAGAGUGAAGGACGGGUCCCAGAAUAUGGAGCUUUUCCCACCAGCAGAGGGCUCCACAUCUCACCUGCAGCCACCUGCUGCAGCCACACGCGACGGCCUUGCAGCAGCAGGGCAAACCCGGGAGGACGCUCCGCCACAGGCUCCCGUGCAAAUCGCCGCCCCGUCACAUGCUCCCGCCGCUCAGGAUCAAGCUGCAGCAAAUGCCAGCAUUCCCAUCAGCCUUGUCCUGAGACUUAGGAACUCCAAGAAGGAACUCAAUGACAUCCGAUUUGAGUUCAUGCCUGGCAGAGACUCUGCUGAUGGCGUGUCGCAGGAGUUGGUGUCUGCCGGUCUGGUGGAUGGAAGGGACUUAGUCGUUGUUGCUGCCAACUUGCAGAAGAUUGUUGAUGAUCCUCAUAGUAACAAAAAUGUAACCUUUAAACUGGCGUCUGGUCUGGAGGAGUCUGAAAUUCCAGAUGAUGUUAAACUCAUUGGAUUUGCUCAGCUCAGCAUCAGUUAAGUGAUGCAGCAACAAGAGACAAAAACAAAUGGUGUUGCACAGCUGCAUUGUAGUCAAUUCCAAGAAACCACUACUGCCAAAGAGAUGAGGUGGAGGACGAUGAUGAUGGUAAUGAUGAUGAUGAUGAUGAUAAUGAUGAUGAGACAUGAAGCCGGCAGGAGUGUGCCACUGCAGCAGGAAGCAUGAGGACCACAGUAAGAAGAGGCUCAGUUCAUCACAGGAAUCACACUUGAAAUGUUUACAGUGCGCUUAAACAGAAAAUGGGAGAACAGAUGCAAUCCACUAUAUGAACUCCUACUUUCUUCUUCUUUCUUUGCUUUCUUCCUCUUCAUACAAAAGCACAAUCCAAACAUCUCGUGCCGGUACUGGAAGAGA